AUGUUGAGGUGUAGUAGACACCGAUCAAAAGUCAAAGUUUCUAACCUAAAACACAUUUUAAAUUCCCAUAAUUUGAAUUGUUAAAAAUGUCGAGAGUACAAGUGUUAGCUUUAUACAAAUCGCUCAUAAAGGAAUCACAAAAAUUUGAUUCCUACAAUUAUCGAAACUAUGCCUUAAGAAAAAUAAGGGAUUGCUUUAGAGAAAACAUGAACUUGACUGAUAAUGCAAAAAUCAAGGAAGAGAUUUUGGGCGGGCAAAAGAAUUUGGAAAUUAUUAGGCGACAAGUAUUUGUGGGGAAUUUGUAUAAAACGGACAAACUGGUUAUAGAGAUGAUGAAGUGAAAGUAUAUUUUGGUUGUAAUUUGUCAUUUAACUGUUAUUUAUAAUACGCUUUUGUUAUUUUGAGAAGUAAAACAGUACAUAGUAGGCACA